AAGAAGGGGCAAAGUCAGCAAUAAUGAAUGAACUUGCGAUUACAACCCCCUAGAUAUCAUCGUGCAUCUAAGAUUAUAUAAAUUACGACAGGGUCAAAGCAGACGGUCUGCGUAGUCCAUGGCGUAGUCCGUUCUGGGUUCUUUCUUGGAAUCCUGCAAUAUCCUAUUGGCCAGGACAGAGGUAUCCUUAAAUGUUUAGAUGUAUGGAAGCAUCAUUUCUUAGCUUUGUUUACUCCAACAAGUCAGAACACCAAACGAGAAUAUAUUGGAGAGAGAGAGAGCGAGAGAGAGAGAGAGAGAGCAUUUGCGUUCUCAGUUUCCCACAUUGCAGAGAUUGCCCAAAACUUGGGCUGUCGAACCGUUUCGCGGGUACAACGAUCGAAAGAGAGUGAGAGAGACGCACAAGCAAAAGUAAAACGACACACUGGGAGUGAGAUCAGAAUCCAAAUGCUCUCUCCUUCCUCUCUCAUACGCACCCCGAACCCGUUCGUCGUCUUUUCAUGAAUUCGCAUCCUUUACUUUGAGGCCCUGUGCAUCACGCUCUCCCCAGCUUCGAAGGCUUCGCCUUUUUCUGGUUUUUGUUUCCCAUCACCCUUUUCAGCUGGAGAGGAAAGAUCGCUACUUUUUCGUUUUCUUUUCUUGUUCUUAAGCUCGUGAUGGCGGCUUCAAUGGCGGCCUCUCCGCUCUGCACGUGGCUGUUGGCGGCUUGCACGUCGGUCUCGUUCGAGAACGAGCUGAAAACGGACCCGUUUCAGUGCUCCAGGAGACUUCCCAAGAGGCUGAAAAGGAAGGUCCUUUCGACAUGUUGUAGCGAUACGAGCAAUGCCCUGUCGCCCAUUUCUGGAUUGUUAUCGUCUUUCUGUGGAUCGAGCGUUCAAGGUCUCAUGAGUUCGUGUUUGGCUUUCGAGCCUUGUAGCGAUUCCUACAGAUGUAAUGGGCUCUCUUCUCUGUUUGGAUCGAGAAAUGUUGGCAUAAAUCGGAAGCAGAAGCGCACCAAUCGAGCUCGCAACUCUGGAGAAACCAUGGCAGUGGCCCUGCAACCCGUUCAAAAAGUUUCAACGAUGAAGAAACCUGUAAUGAAGCAAAGGCGGGUAGUAGUGACUGGGAUGGGUGUGGUAACUCCCCUAGGCCAUGAUCCCGACAUUUUCUACAAUAAUUUGCUGGAUGGUGUCAGCGGUAUAAGUGAGAUAGAGACAUUUGACUGUGCUCAAUUUCCAACGAGAAUUGCUGGGGAGAUCAAGUCUUUCUCAACAGAUGGAUGGGUUGCUCCAAAGCUCUCUAAGAGGAUGGACAAAUUCAUGCUUUACAUGCUCACUGCUGGCAAGAAAGCCUUAGCAGAUGGUGGAAUGACUGAUGAUGCUAUGAAAAAUCUAGACAAAGCUAAAUGUGGGGUUCUCAUUGGCUCUGCAAUGGGUGGGAUGAAGGUUUUCAAUGAUGCUAUUGAAGCUUUAAGGAUAUCAUACAAGAAAAUGAAUCCCUUUUGUAUACCUUUUGCAACAACCAAUAUGGGUUCGGCCAUGCUUGCAAUGGACCUGGGAUGGAUGGGCCCUAAUUACUCGAUAUCAACUGCUUGUGCUACAAGCAACUUUUGUAUACUGAAUGCUGCAAACCACAUAAUUAGAGGCGAAGCUAAUGUGAUGCUUUGCGGUGGCUCAGAUUCAACAAUUAUUCCGAUCGGUUUAGGGGGUUUUGUGGCAUGCCGAGCGCUUUCGCAAAGAAAUAGUGAUCCUGCCAAAGCUUCAAGGCCAUGGGACAUUAAUCGUGAUGGAUUUGUCAUGGGAGAAGGAGCUGGAGUUCUGCUCUUGGAGGAACUAGAUCAUGCCAAGAGAAGAGGUGCAAGCAUUUAUGCAGAGUUUCUAGGUGGAAGUUUCACGUCUGAUGCUUAUCACAUGACUGAACCUCACCCUGAUGGGGUGGGCGUUACUCUCUGUAUUGAGAAGGCCUUAGCUCAGGCUGGAGUGUCCAGGGAAGAAGUAAAUUACAUAAACGCCCAUGCCACGUCUACUCCAGCUGGAGACCUCAAAGAGUACAUAGCUCUUACCCAUUGUUUUCGCGAAAACAGCAAGUUGAAAGUGAAUUCCACUAAGUCCAUGAUUGGUCACCUACUUGGAGCAGCUGGUGCUGUGGAAGCUGUGGCAGUUGUACAGGCAAUAAGAACCGGGUGGGUUCAUCCCAAUGUUAACUUGGAAAACCCAGAUGAAGGAGUGGAUCCAAGCAUGCUGGUUGGCCCAAAGAAAGAGAGAUUAGAUAUCAAGGUGGCUUUGUCUAACUCAUUUGGAUUUGGCGGCCACAACUCAUCGAUACUAUUCGCCCCGUACAGAUGAAUCGUCCUUGGCGGGCUUUUGGUAUGCUUCUUCGCGCUAGAUAUUUCCAGUCUCUUUGGCCAUUUGAUAAGAGCUGCAAAUAUUUUGGGGGAAACAAAUUAAACUUGAUAGAGCAGGGGACUCUUACAUUGGUCCAACUCUGAUGCCUCUUUCCUCUUGUCGGAUGGUUUUCAGAUGGAUGUUGGCAUUAUAGCAUAUGUGAAGAUGUUAAGAGUUCACCUAUAGGAUGCCGAAUGCUCAGUCAUAAGGAAACCUCCUCGCGCUCUAUAGAUAGCUGUCAUAUACAAACGGAAUUUUGCCGGACAGCACAAUGGAGAGGAGAAGAAUCCAAGGCCAAGACAUGUUGCUAGUCACACUCGUUGCCAAAAUUGUUAUUGUGAAUUGUUGCUAAUCAUCUGUAGCCACACUAGGGCAUGCAUGAUGCAGCCAGGUACAUCAUGCUAACUUCUCGUCUUUCUUUCUAUGUGGACAUAUAUUGAAAGACUAGAAUGUUGCAGAGAUCGAUUUCUCGCAAGUUAUCAUCCGACGAUUCUCUCUUCGCUAUUUUGGUUUUC